AUGAAGAGAUUUUACCCUCCAGCAUCUUCCAAGUUGCCACAACCAAGUUCAUCCUCUCCAAUUGCUACUCCCGUGGAACAAAAUUUGAACCAAUUAGAAGAGCAACCUCAAUCUUCUAAAAGACAAAGACAAGGAGUAGAUCUUGAUUCUUUACCGACUGAUCCAAAGGAGAGAAUACCCAUUAGAGAUUAUCAUCCAAAUGAGCGUGAUGAGAUUAGAAGAGAAUAUCUCCGAAGAGGUUCUUACCAACCCCGGCAUCAUAAGUUUCCUCAAAGAGAUUUUUCGGGCUUAAAGCGCCGUUUCAAUCCUAAAUGGUUUGAUGAAUAUCGUAAUUGGUUGGAGUACAGUGUGAUACAAGAUGCAGCUUAUUGUUUGUAUUGUUACUUGUUUCAAGAUGAAGACAUUCAUCAAGGUGAAGGCGAUUCAAUUCAAACUUCAUUUGAUACGCAAUCCAGUCAAACCAAGCUCGAAUACAAAAUUCGCUUGAAGGCUUCAAUUGAGGUUGUAAGACUCCUAUUGAAUCAAGGAUUGGCAUUUCGUGGAUAUCGUGAAGAUGAAUCAUCAUUAAACAAGGGUAACUUUCUUGAGAUUCUUUCAUGGUAUGCAGAUAGGUGCGAUAAAAUUCGUGAUCUUGUGUUGAAAAAGGCUCCAAAGAAUGAUCAGUUGACCUCUCAUAAAAUUCAAAAAGACAUUAUCAUUGCAUGUAAAAUUGAAACAGUUAAAGAAAUCAUGGAUGAUCUAACUGGAGACUUUUUUGCAUUGCUAGUUGAUGAAUCAUGUGAUGUAUCACGCAAAGAGCAAUUAACUAUUGUCUUGCGAUAUGUUAAUAGAUGUGGAUAUGUGGUGGAGCAUUUUAUUGGGAUCGUUCAUGUUCGUAAUACUAGUGCUUUAUGUUUAAAGGAAGCAAUUGUUGAUUACCUUGCUCAACAUUCUUUGAGUUUAUCUUAUGUGCGUGGACAAUGCUAUGAUGGAGAAAGCAACAUGCAAGGGGAUUUAGGUGGCCUCAAAACUUUGAUUCAACAAGAAAGUAAAUCCGCUUAUUCCAUUCAUUGUUUUGCACACCAACUUCAAUUGACUCUUGUUGCGGUAUCCAAAAAGUGUCUUGAAAUGGGAGAACUUGUAUUGUUGGUUUCUAAUGCAUUGAAUAUAGUGGAAGGUUCUUACAAAUGUAUGGAUGAUCUUCGAGAAUCUCAAGCAGAAAAAGUUCAAAAGGCAUUAGACAUGGGUAAACUUGAAACUGGUAGGGGUUUGAAUCAAGAACUUUGUCUUGCCAGAGCUGCCGAUACUCGCUAG